UAUCUCUCACCAGCAUUGUAUCGAGGCCCCUUAAAGCUUUAAUGUUGCUACUGUACCGUGCGCGAAUCGCGUCUCCUGCUCAAGGCUCUGUCCUUAGUCGUUGUGUAUAUGUCCUAGAAAUAAGUGUUGACGCGAGUCUGCCUAGUGUUAGACUGGGUCGACCCGGCGUGUAACUGCCAUAGGCUAUCGAUGGCGAAUCUUAGCCAUCAGAUUGACGGUGCUGCUCCGUGCACAGGCGAACAUCAUAUGAGCGAACAACCUGAACAGUCUACGAACACUGUUCCAGGCGAUGGUGGCGAUUUUCACUUUGCUGGUUACCCGAGUGAGUUCACGUUUCGUGACUGGGCAGAAGGACAGAAGUGCGACGACUUCCUGGGGUUAAAUCGACGGUGCGAAAUUGCCCGAAUCGACCAAACCGACCUUACCGGCGACACGGGAGAAUGGCACGGUUUCGGAGGGGAGCAGAUGGAAAGAGGGAGUAACAGCCGAUCCGUGACGGGAAAUAGCAGGCUCUUGAAACCCGCGGAGAUAGUGGAAACCUGGCGAAGCGCGCAUGAUGACAUUAGUCCCUGUCUAGGACAGAGGGAGCCUUCUGGCGAAGGGAGUGGGGGGCCCUGUUUUCUGGUGAGGUCGGAUGCUUUGGUGCGGGAAUCACACGAACAACCGGGUGAAAGCUCAGGGACGUGCGAUGCGCGCCCAUGGACGAUCGCUGGUGCAAGGGAAGAAGGGCAGGUGAAGGGAGAAAGCGGAUCGUUUACCACAGGAGGAGCUGGCGGUCCAUCUGAUACCGCUGCUAACGAGGAGGGUUGGAGAGGCGAGCGGGGGAGAGAGGAGGGCGGGGCGGGCGAGGAGGGCGAGGAGGGCGAGGAGAGCGAGGAGGGCGAGGAGGGCGAGAGGAUGGCGAGCGGUGCGGAGAAGGAGAAGCAGCAGCAGCAGGAGGCGUGGUCAUCGUACGAGACGGUGUUCACGAAUGCGAAAGCAGGCAUGGAAGGCGUGGACAAGGAGCAUGUGAAGCGCGUGGUGUACGAGAUGAGCCGGGGCUCCAAGUUCUUCCUGCACGAGCAGCGCAAGGAGGCAGCCCUGCUCGCCAGAGUCGCCCACAUGCAGCGCGCCAAGCAGGCCAUUUCCCAGGAAAAGCUCACCGCCUUAGAGCGGAAAGCGGAUGGGAUACUAGCGGGGAUGGAGGCGCGGAGGGAGGUGGGGCGCGCGUGGGUGCAUGUGGACAUGGAUGCGUUCUAUGCUGCCGUGGAGGCGCUGGGGGACGAGAGGCUCAGCGGCCUACCCAUGGCCGUUGGGGGCAUGGGGAUGCUGUGCACCGCCAACUAUGAGGCGCGCAAGUACGGAGUGCGAGCAGCCAUGCCUGGCUUUAUCGCUCGCAAGCUGUGCCCUGACCUCGUGUUUGUGGCGCCCAAUUUCACCAAGUACCAGCACUACUCCAGCCUCACACACGAAGUGUUCCGCCAGUACGACCCGCACUUCCUCGCCCGCAGUCUAGAUGAGGCGUAUCUGGACGUCACUGCCGUGUGCCAAGAGAGGAACGUGACCCCCGCCCAGGUUGCGGAGGAGCUACGGCACAAGGUGCACGCUCACACAGGUCUCACCUGCAGCGCUGGAGUCGCAGCCAACAGGAUGCUGGCCAAGGUGUGUUCGGACAUCAACAAGCCCAACGGGCAGUACGUGCUGCCGCCUAACCAGGAUGCCAUCCUGCACUUCGUCUCCUCUCUGCCCAUCCGCAAGAUAGGAGGAGUGGGCAAGGUGACAGAGCGGCUGCUACGGGAUGUGUUGGGAGUGACAGUGUGUGCUGACAUCAUCACACACAGAGGGGCUCUCCUCGCCCUCUUCUCCCCCAUUUCUGCUGAGUUUUUCUUGCAAGCGGCGCUGGGCAUAGGCGGCAGUGGGGAUGUGGAGGAUGGGCCCCGGAAGAGCAUCAGCUGCGAGCGCACCUUCUCCUCUCUCUCUGCCGAACCAGCCAUUCUUAACAAGCUCGAGCAACUGAGCUUCUCCCUGGCGGGCGACCUAGAGCAGCAUGGCAUGAAAGGGCGAACUCUCUCGCUCAAACUGAAGACAACCGCUUUUGAGGUGCGCACACGAGCCAUCUCUGUGCCAGAGCCCAUAGGGUCGCAGCAGGAGAUCUGGCCCCUUGUCAUAAAGCUCAUCCGAGCAGAGCUGCCUGUCUCCGUGCGCCUGCUGGGUCUGCGCAUGUCGGCCCUUGUGCCGCGCAGCAGCAGCAGUGGCAGCGGCAGACAGGCGACCAUCAGCGAGGUGCUUGGCGGCAGGAGGAGUGGGAGUGCUGACGUGGUUGCUGGGGCGAAAAUUGGCAGAGGGGGAGAAUGGUUGAAAGCAGAGGGGAUAGAAGAGAAGUGGGCGGGGAUAGAUGUGGGGCAAAGGGGGGGCCAUGCGGACAUGGGGGGUGGGGGUGCUGGUGUCGUUGAGAGUGGAUUUUUUGGGGAGGAUUGUGCUGAUGGUCAAGGUACAGACAAGGGUGCUAUGAAUGGUGGUGCUGAUGCGUAUUUCUGGAGAGAGGUGUGUCCAGAGGUUUGGGAGGAAGAGGAGAGGGAGAGUGACGGUGGUGAGAGCACAGCUGGAGCCAUGCUUGCUGGGAACGAUGGGGAUGAGAGGGAGGAGAGGGGGGAGAGGGAGCAGAGGGAGCAGAGGGAGCAGAGGGAGGAGAGAGAGGAGAGGGAGCAGAGGGAGCAGAGGGAGCAGAGGGAAGAGGAGGCGGAGGAGGAGAGAGAGGAGAGGGAGGAGAGGGAGGAGGAGAGCAGGGAGAAGGAGGAGAGGGAGGAUAGGAGGACGGAAAUCGUUCCUAGCAAAGCAUGUGCGGAGGAGGAAAAGGAGGAAAAGGAGGAAAAGGAGGAGAAGGAGGAGAAGGAGGAGAAGGAGGAGAAGGAGGAGGAGGAGAAGGAGGAGGAGAAGGAGGAAAAGGAGGCGAAGAAGGUCAGUGCAAGGAUGAUGGAAGAGGAGCUCAAGGUGGUGCGUUUGGCGGGUGAAGCAGCAGUUCAGGCAAAAGGCGUGCUGGGGUGGAGGGCAGUUGAGGGGAGUCCAAUAACACAGCGUCUGUUGGGGAAGCGACAGCACCAGCCGCAGCAGCAGCAGCAGCAGCCGCAAGGCCAGCAGCGGCGGCAGCGGCAGCAGCUCUGCAUAGACUCGUUAUUGCCUCACGUAGCUAGAGAUGCGAGAGGAGUAGGAGCAACAGGAGCAGCCGGAGCAGCAGGAGCAGGAGAAGGCGACAGGCGAACUGCUGGGCAUGCUGAUGUAGGUGGUGUCGGCAGCAUGAGAACAGCAGCCAGUGACACAGGAGGUGUGGCAGCGUCGGCUGUUGUGGGAAGAGGAGCAGCAGUGGGAGGGGAAGCAGGUGCAGCGCGUGGGAAGUGUGGGGAGAGGAGCAGAGAGGAGGGGUGCUGGAGCAGAGGGGGAGGCUCGUCGUCAGGUGUUGCUGGUGGUGGGGAGAGAUACUGCGAGAUGUUGCCAGGGGGGGCUGGGCGAGUCGCGUCAGCCGCCACUCAAAACGUGUUACCAGCGGCAGUGAAGUGUGUGCCAGCAGCGGUAGAAGAUGCAUCAGCAGCAGGGGAAGAGGUGGAGUGGGUGGUGGUGAGGGAAUCAGGGGCGCUACGAUGUGCUAUCUGUGGGCAUGAGGUGCCGGUGCAUGUGCAGCCGUGGGGCCUGCAGGAACACGCUGACUUCCACUUGGCUCUCGCCCUGACUCGCAUGGAUCAGCAGCAAGCACGGGUUGAGCGGCAGCAGUGGAAGGAUCAGCAGCAGCAGCAGCAGCAGCAGCAGAACUUACAUGGGGAAACGCAGCAGUUGCAAGAGCAGGAGAUGCGGGUUGAGGCCAAGCCAUCUGGUAGUGAAGCACCAGAUUCUUUUGCAUGUAGUAUGCCUAGUGAAGGCACUAGAGGAGGGGGCAGAGGGGACUCUGCUCCUGGUGGCUUGGGUGGCUUGGGUGCUUGGCACAAGCUUGCUGCUUCCCGCUCAGUUAAUGGGAAUGGGAAAGGUAAAAAAACGAAGGGCAAUGGGCGAGGGAAAGGAAGGAGGAAGGGAAGUGCUGGUGCUGAAGGGUGAGGAGGUGUGAACAGAGUAGCUGGUGUGUGACGAUGAUGCUGGAGCAGAAGACGCAAGUGAGGUGUUGCGGUUUGUUGGUUGAAAUAACGGUAAUUGUGUGCUUCUAGGCUUGAUUUCAUCUCUACGUACUAAAUCAGUGUUCCUCAUUUCUAAACGGAUUGUGUGUGCUUCUUUAGUGG